AAAUUUUGUUUGCGAUGAUAAAUUUCGUUUUAACUUUUCUAACUUUGACAUUUCUCCGUCUCUAAAUCACUCAACAACUGUUGUCACUACCAUUUGCAAUUUUCUCCAUCCACAAAAGACUUUAUGUCCUCUCUCAUGUCUUCUUCUUCCUCUUCUUCUUCCUCUCGGCCACGCACAUGGAGAUACAGUGUCUUCUCGAGCUUCCACGGACCAGACGUCCGUAAAACCUUUCUCAGUCAUCUACGCAAACAGUUCAACACCAACGGGAUCUCGAUGUUUGAUGAUCAAGGGAUUGAGAGAGGCCAAACCAUUGCCCCUGAACUCAUACGAGCCAUUAGGGAGUCGAGGAUCUCGAUCGUGGUACUCUCGAAGAACUAUGCAUCUUCCAGCUGGUGUUUAGAUGAACUGGUGGAGAUUUUCAAGUGCAAGGAAGAUAACAACCAAAUAGUGAUGACGGUUUUUUACGGUGGAGUAGAUCCAUCCGAUGUGCGGAAACAAACAGGAGAUUUUGGGAAAGUUUUCAAGAAAACUUGUACACGUAAAACCGAAGAGGAGAGGCGUAAAUGGAGUCAAGCUUUGACCGAUGCUGGCGACAUAGCCGGUGAACACUUUCUUAACUGGGACAAUGAAUCGGAGACGAUUGAAAAGAUUGCUAGAGAUGUUUCCAACAAAUUAAAUGCUACAAUUGUCUCUAACGAUUUUGAAGACAUGGUGGGUAUUGAAGCGCAUCUGGAGAAGAUGCAGUCUUUGUUACUUUUAGAUGAUGAGGAUGGAGUGAUGCUUGUUGUAAUCUGUGGCCCUGCUGGAAUUGGCAAGACUACAAUUGCCAGAGCUUUAUAUAGCCGACUUUCUAGCACUUUCCAGCUUUCCUGUUUUAUGGAGAAUCUUAGAGAAAGUUGUAACAGUGGUGGUCUUGACGAGUAUGGAUGGAAGCUGCGUUUACAAGAGCUACUUCUUUCAAAGAUUCUAAACCAAAAUGGUAUAAAGAUAAACCAUUUAGGUAUGAUGCCGCAAAGGCUCUGUGACCAAAAAGUUUUUAUCAUUCUUGAUGAUGUGGAUGAUCUGCAGCAACUUGAAGCCUUGGCUAAUGACACUAACUGGUUUGGUCAUGGAAGCAGAAUUAUCGUAACCACGGAAAAUCAAGAGCUUUUGGAGCAACAUGGUAUCAACAAUACAUACCAUGUGGACUUUCCACCUAAAGAAAAUGCUCGUAAGAUCCUUUGCAGAUAUGCUUUUAAACAAAGCUGGGCACCAUAUGGUUUCGAAAAUCUUGCCGAAAGAGCAACGGAGCUUUGUAGUAACCUUCCAUUGGGUCUCAGAGUCAUGGGUUCAAUGUUACGCGGAAAGAAAGAAGAUGACUGGGAAAGUAUGUUGCAAAGGCUAGAAAAAAGCAGUAUAUCAAAGAUCGAUGCAUUACUGAGAGUUGGAUUUGACAGUUUACAUGAGAGCGAUCAAACUAUAUUUCUCCUCAUUGCAGUCUUCUUCAAUUACGAAGAUGAUGGUCAUGUGAAAACAAUGCUCGCUGACAGUGGCUUGGAUGUCAGACUUGGGUUGAAAACUCUCGCCUAUAAAUCUCUCAUACAUUUAUCGACCAAAGGAGAAAUAGUGAUGCACAAGUUACUAAAACAAGUGGGUAUACAGGCGAUUCAAAGACAGGAGCCUAGGAAACGCCAAAUCCUAAUUGAUACUGAUAAUAUUCUCGAUGCUCUUGAAAACGAUUUUGGUAAUAGAAGUUUGAUGGGGAUAUCUUUUGAUAUAUCUACAAUCAAAGACAGCAUGGAUAUAAGCCCAAGAGCUUUGAAAAGAAUGCGCAAUCUUCGAUUUCUCUGGAUCUACAACUCAAGAUGGGAUACAAAUGUUAGAGUGCAUGUACCCGAGGACAUGGAUUUUCCACCUCGUCUGAAGUUAUUACAUUGGGAGGAAUAUCCAGGAAAGUGUCUUCCUCAUACACUUAGGCCGGAAAAUCUAGUGAAACUCUAUUUAGAAGAGAGCAAGCUCAAGCAUUUGUGGAAAGGAACCCAGCCUCUUGGGAAUCUCAAGAAGCUGAAUUUGAAUUCGUCUUAUAAUUUGGAGGAACUCCCAGAUCUUGGGAAUGCUACAAAUCUGGAGAUUUUGGAUGUGUGUAAAUGCCAGAGUUUGGUAGAGAUUCAUUCCUCAGUUGGAAAUCUUCAUAAACUAGAGAAGUUGAAGAUGAAUUACUGUGGAAAGCUACAGGUUGUUCCGAGUCUCUUCAACUUGGCAUCUCUUCAGUCAGUCUCGAUAGCAGGAUGCUAUCAAUUGAGGAAAUUUCCAGAUAUUUCGGCGACCAUCACAGAACUCAAAAUCAUAGACACAAUGUUAGAAGAAUUAACUGCAUCAAUUAGGCUCGGGUCUCGUCUUGAGGAUCUCUAUAUAGUUGGCAGUGUCAUUCCAAAUGAAUAUUUUUUGACACAUCCACAUGUGGCAAGAUUGAUGCUAGAGAAAAGUGGCGCAGAUAUUGAGAGACUUCCAGAUUGCAUCAAAGAUCUUCAUUGUUUAGAAGAUCUUUUUAUAAUCGGAUGUCCAAAGCUUGUAUCACUGCCAGAGCUUCCUAGGUCGCUCACGAGACUAGUAGUAUGGAAUUGUGAAUCACUGGAGACACUUGUACCUUUCCCUUCCGACUCUCAGAUUUUCAUUCUCUUUUUCCCCAACUGCUUCAAAUUGGGUCCAGAAGCAAGGAGAGUAAUUAUCCAGCAGCGAUCAUGUCAUCAAUUCUUACCUGGAAGAGAUAUACCUGCAGAGUUCACUCACCGGGCUAUAGGAAAAUCCUUGACCAUCACUUCAAAUGCCUGCGGCGGAUUUAGAAUGUGUGUCAUCUUUUCCCCUAAAUCAGAGAUGGGAGUUGCUAUUGAUAUAGACUUAAUGUGUCGCAUAAGCAUAAAUGGUUGCCCUAAGGAAAAUUGCAUAGUUUCUCUUGUCGGUGGAGUUCGAUCAGAACAUCUAGCUAUAUUUUACUCAGAAAUUCUUAGGGAAUACGACGAAGUUGAACAGUACAGCGAGAUAUUGUUCGAAUUCAGCAGCUCAUCCCAGGAUAUCGAAAUUGUUGAAUGUGGUGUCCAGAUCCUGGUAGAAGAAACCAAUUCAGAACAACUGUUGGACAACGACAAUGGAAGUCUCGCUGAUGAGAGCUUUGAGUUGGAUGCAUCACGAGUAAAGAUCAUUGAUGAUUUGCAUGGGAGCCUUGAAUUUGAUGCAUCAAGAGUAGAUACUGAUGAUGAUUUGCUAGGUUUAUUUGCUCCCACUUUUUUUUCCUUCGGAUUCUGAUUCCAAUUUUUUUUUUUUUUUUUCUUUCUUGAGUAUGUCAUUAUUUCACAUCAUUGUUUUCCUUCUGAAUUUGAUUACAAGUGUUCUAUUUCUGUAUAGUUUUAAGACUCGAGUAAUGUUAAUCUUGUUUUGAUUGACUUUGUAUCGACCCUUUUAGAAAAUGUUCACUAGUUGUGUAUGGACUUUAGCUA